GUGUAGGUGUAUGUAUAUGGAUGUAAGUUGGUGUGUGUGGCAUCACAUUUAGGUUGGAUCUUAGCAGACAGCCCAGACGACUCAUAAGUAGGCACUACCUACAUAUAAUACGGAUCCCUUCCUGUUCUCCUUCUUGGUGCCUUUCUUUCCAUCUCUUCCCUCCUCCGCUUGCCGCUUUCUGCCUCAACCUGCCCCGUGCCACAUCACCUUUGCAUCGUGCCAUUCACAUUCUUCAUCAGCACUCCAAACUACUCAAAAGGCAAUCCAGACGCUACAUAUGCACUCAUAGAAGACUUUUCGCUCAGCUGACCCUCCUCUUCAACAACGGGUUUCCCGCCGAGACCACUAUCUUGGCCUGUUCUAUUUCCGCCUCGUGCAUCUCGUUGGCCAGAAAACCCUCAACUUCUGCCACAUCAUUUAUCACCCACUCAUCAACAACUCUUUGCGUCCACUAGAUCUGUAUCUGAGUGUGCCUCAGCCUCGCCGACUCCUCUUAUCGAAUUCACGGCAUUGGGUUUCACGAUAACAGUGACUCCGUCGAAUCAAGUCUUGAUCUGAAAACGCACAGCCUUGUUUUCGGUCAAUAUUCCCAUCUCGAAAAGCUAAUUCACGCUCACCUAAGGCAUCCAUCAGCCAAAGCUGCCUAAAGUUUCCACUUCAUGUUCUAAUUUAUAUAUCAUUCCACUUCUCCUCAUUCUGCCUCCUUCGACAGGCUUGUCCCCGCAGCCACACACCACCUUCUCUCCUCCUCUCCCCUUAACGCCAAUCAAGUCUAUUCACGAUGGCUCCCAACAGUGAGAACGCCAUGGCCCGGUUUCUUCUAGCCAUUCUAAACCAGAAGAACCUUAAGGACAUCGACUGGAAUCAAGUCGCCUCAGACCCUGUUCUCAUCGAACCCAUCACAAAUGGACAUGCUGCAAGGAUGCGCUUUGCUCGUUUCAAAACCACAGUCUUAGGCACCCAACCGCAGAAGAGAACUCGUCCUGCCGGCCCUGCAGACAAGUCUCGGGUGACGAAGGCAAGGAAGACGCAACAACCCAAGAAGGACAGCAUCGGCAAUUCUGAGUCAGGUUCGAGCGUCUCAUCGUAUGCCCAGGUUCGCCAGAGCCCUAUCAUCAAGCAAGAACAGAACCAACAUGCAUACAUGGCACAGUUCUCUCCCGCCUCUACUUCCUCUCCUUUCCUCAACGACAACUUGGACGACUUUGGUUGCAGUUCUCGAUUUCUCACCCCUUGCAGUGAUGAUAUGCCACAGGGGCUCUCCAUCAAUCCCGCUUCACUCGAAGACACCAGACAGCGAAACGGAUUUGGUCCUUCGAUGGAUUGUCCCCCUGACUUCAUGGCCCAACCAGCGAUCCCUGACUUCAUGACCAUGGGGCAGUCACAUUUUCAUACGUUUGACGUCGCCUGUAAUGAGACAUCUUACAACUCUGCUCUCGGCGAUGCACAGAGCCCAGCUGCCCUUGAUCUCAAUGGCGCCCCUCCCAUGCCAGAUUGCAGCUCUGAAUGGCCUGACCAUUUCAACGACACUUCCUUUUGAUACCCACACGGAAAACAUGGAAACCCCACGGAUAGAGGGUUGCUUGUGUACAAAAUGGUGAUUUGCUAGACUGCGUUUGCUUCAUGAAUUAAUGACAAUGGUUUCGUCGAUAUGUUUGCUUUUCCUAUUUCCUUCUGUCAGGGUUUUGCUUUACACAAGUUCCAACUUUGAUCCAACAAAGACGACUGUCAUAAGUCUCUACUAGGAUCAACAUCAAGUUAAAGAUGAAAAGAAUGCUAGUUACCGGAAGUCUACUUUACUGGAACUUAUAUGUUGCUCUGGAAGUUGUAUACUAGCCUUUUUAUUCGCAGUCUAAUUCAGAGAAUCAUUUAUGGAUUCAUACAUAUAGCAUGUACCCAUACUCACAGUGUAUUGACCAUACCAGCUACCUACGAGUGUAGUGAUAUUGGCGUUCUGAUUUGGCAGAAG